AUGGCCUCUGAGAACCCGGCCACCGGUACCCCGCUAUCAGAGAGGGCCUCGUUCCCUGAUUCAAAGGGCAAAGGCGUUGACAAGACGGAAGAGGCUUCGGGCACCGUUGAAGAUGCGCAGACUGACGGUACUACAGUCCGGACUGGAGCCUCGCAGCUUCGUGACUCUGAGUAUACCGUCAAUGUCCAGUUGAGCGAUCUCCAGGCCGACCCAAAUAACCCUCUAUACUCUAUCAAGAGCUUCGAAGAGCUUGGACUAGAUGAAGCCGUCCUCCGUGGCCUGCGUGAAAUGCGCUUCAGCCGACCUUCUAAGAUCCAAGAACGCGCCCUCCCGCUUCUCAUGUCGAACCCGCCCCAGAACAUGAUCGGACAGUCACAAUCCGGAACUGGAAAGACAGCAGCUUUCGUCCUCAAUGUCCUCAGCCGUGUCGACGUUUCGUUCGCUGCCCCACAGGCCCUGAUCCUCGCCCCUAGUCGCGAACUCGCCCGCCAGAUCGUAGGAGUCAUUCAAGUCAUGGGCUCCUUCAUCGAAGGAUUAAAAAUUGCGACCCUUGUACCCAUGGAGUCGAAUAGGAACCAGCCAGUUGACGCUCCUGUGGUUGUGGGAACUCCAGGAACUGUUCAGGAUUUUAUUAGAAAACGACUGUUCAAUACACAACAUGUGAAGGUUUUGGUACUAGAUGAAGCAGAUAAUAUGCUGGACCAGCAGGGCCUGGGUGACCAGUGCAUCCGGACGAAAUCAUCCUUACCAAGAGAAGCGCAAAUUGUUCUGUUCUCUGCGACGUUCCCAGAUGCCGUCGUCCGCUACGCUCACAAAUUUGCGCCCAAUGCCAAUCAACUUACCCUCAAACAUGAAGAACUCACAGUCGAGGGAAUCAAACAGCUGUAUCUGGACUGCGAUUCCACGGAACAUAAAUAUGAGAUCCUUGUCAAGUUUUACGGCCUCCUCACAAUUGGGUCCUCCAUCAUUUUCGUCAAGACACGUGCUUCAGCGCUUGAAAUCGAACGCCGGAUGAUUGAUGAAGGACACACGGUCGUAUCCCUCUCUGGUGGUAUUGAAGGACAAAAACGUGACGAGGUCAUCGACAGUUUCCGCAAGGGCACUGCUAAAGUACUCAUAACUACCAACGUUCUUGCGCGAGGCAUCGAUGUACAGACCGUGUCCAUGGUCAUCAACUACGAUAUACCCGAACUCCACGCUCCUGGAGCAGGCGAGCGUGUCGCGGAUCCACAAACCUACCUUCACCGUAUCGGACGUACAGGUCGAUUCGGCCGUGUCGGCGUCGCAGUCUCCUUUGUUUCAAAUAAGGAAGAAUGGACAAUGCUUAUGGACAUUCAGAAGUACUUCGGAACCGAUAUCAUGCGAGUUGACAGCAGAGACUGGGAUGAAGUCGAGGAUGUCGUUAAGAAAGUCAUCAAGCCGUCCGCUAAAUAA